GCAGACCGGUAUCCGAGCGGCACAGAGCCGCAUCUCACCGACACAAGUGCUUUAGAAAAAGCCCGGAGAAAACGCCGCUGUUGUCCACUUUCCCUCCCAGUGACUCUUCGCCACCAGCGGAGCCGCGAUGCUCUAGAUCAUGUAGGAUCGGACUGUUUCUUCUUUUUUUUUUCAAUUCCUAUUUUCUUUUUUCUUUUCUUUUUUUUGUUUUUGUAGUACUUUUACCGGAUAGCCUGCAAACUGUGAAACCUCUCCAUAGCCCCCAUUCAUCUGGUCGCCUGUAGCCUUGAACCGAGCGGUGAACUUUUUGUGAAAACUACAAAAAACAAGUCUCCCGUUGUCGAUACCCAGUCUGUGAUAUAUUUGGCCUGACAGCACUUGCGUCAUGAGUGAACAGAGCAUCUGCCAGGCGCGAGCCGCUGUCAUGGUGUACGACGAUGCCAACAAGAAGUGGGUCCCGGCCGGCGGGUCCACCGGCUUCAGCAGAGUCCACAUCUACCACCACACAGGCAACAACGCCUUCCGCGUGGUGGGACGCAAGAUCCAGGAUCAUCAGGUGGUGAUAAACUGUGCAAUUCCCAAGGGUCUGAAGUACAACCAGGCCACGCAGACCUUCCACCAGUGGCGCGACUCCAGACAAGUCUACGGCCUCAACUUUGGCAGCAAGGAGGACGCCAACGUAUUCGCCAGUGCCAUGAUGCACGCCCUGGAGGUGCUCAACUCCCAGGACUCGGGCCCCACAUUGCCCAGACAGGGCCCCCAAGUUCAGAAUGGCCCCACACCAGAGGAGAUGGACCUGCAGAGAAGGCAGCUUCAGGAGCUGCAGAGGCAGAAGGAGAUGGAGCGAGAGCGCCAGGAAAGGGAGCGUCAGGAGCACGAGCGCCUGGAGCGAGAGAUGCUGGAGCGCGAGCAGGAGCGAGAGCGUCAGGAGAGGGAACGUCAGGAGCAGGAGCGCCAGGAGAGGGAGGCGCAGACGGAGAGGGAGCGGAUAGAGCGCGAGCGCCAGGAGCAGCAGGAGCGCGCCGAGCACGAGCUGAUGGAGAGGGAGAAGGCGGAGAGAGAGCGGAUGGAGAGGGAGCAGCAGGAGCAGUUGGACAGAGAGCAGCAGGACUGGGAGAGAGGGAGACGCAUCUCUAAUGCCGCUUUUGAGAGCACCCUGUACACCCCCACGCCUCAGGAGUACGGCAGAACAUCCUCCACGCCCGUAUCUCCAUCCACGCCCACCUACCCAGCUCCUGGGACGCCAUCACCCUCCUCCACCACCACGCCCCCGACCCCGCCGCUCCGGCACUCAGCCUCCCGAUUCGCCACGUCACUCGGUUCUGCCUUCCACCCAGUCCUGCCUCACUACGCCACGGUCCCGAGGCGACAGCAAGCCUUUCCACAGGCCCCGCCCCCUGCUCCCGCGCCGGCCCCCGCCCCUCCUCCUCCACCCAAGUCUGUGGUGUGGUCAGCGUGCAGCUUUACCCCCUUGCCACCAUCACCCCCUGUCAUGAUAAGCAGCCCCCCAGGGAAGGCCACAGGUCCGCGGCCGCUCAUCCCCAUCGCGGCACCUUCCCCUCUCACCCAGAAGCCCCCCUCGCCGUCCCCCAACGGCCCGCCCAUGUUCCCCGCACCCUCUCCCUUGACCAUCCCGCACAGCCAUACCCCGAACAGCAUCACCAGCCCCACCCCACCUCCCCCACCCACCCCGCCCCCUCUCCCCUCCCCUGUAGCCCAUCAUCCGUCUUCCUCCUACGCCUCGUCUCCCCCCUCCUCAUCCCAGGCUCCCGGUGUGCCCUCUCCCUCCACAGCGCCCCUUGCUGCUGCAGCCACUGCCGCCACCUCUGCCUCUGUCGAGCACCUCUCCCUCCCCGUGGGCCUGGGCCUGUCAGGGCCGGGGGAGGCGGACACAGCCGCAGGCCCAGGGCCCCACCCGCCUCAUGGGGGCUUCUCCUGUCAGCCCCAGGACAUGGUGCAGACCCCGGGGUUGACCACCCCCACCCCUCCCCCACCUCCACCCCUGCCGCCCAGCUCCACUGUGACCUCCGCGACCGCAACCCCGGCCGCCACCCCCACCACCCCGACCCCCCACCCUCCUCCGCCCCCGCCUCCUCCACUCCCUCCUACGCUGACUCCUUGCGGGACGCCCCCACCUCCACCAGGUCCGCCUCCUCCCCCCGGAGCCCCUCCCCCUCCCCCGGCGCCCCCACUCCCCGCCGGACUGUUCUCUCCCGCAGAGGACCACCCCGCCUCGGGCCUGGCCGCCGCCCUCGCUGGAGCCAAGCUGCGCAAAGUGCCAAGGUGUGACGACGCAGGGGCAGCUCUGGCAGCAGCCAUGACGGGGGCUGGAGGAGCCGCAGGGGCCAAAUCUGAAGCCAGAGGCAAUGGCCCUCUGCCUGGAGGAGGGGGGCUCAUGGAGGAGAUGAGCGCCCUGUUGGCCAGGAGGAGAAGAAUUGCAGAGAAGGGCUCGUCACCUGAACCUGACCAGAGAUCAGAGGAGGGCGAAACAAACACAACCCCUAAAAUGUCAGCCUGUAGCACACCAGACAUGCCCAGGAAGCCAUGGGAAAGAACAAACACCAUGAAUGGUAGCAAAUCUCCAGUUAUUGGAAGACCUAAAUCCACUCCUACACCUACUGCAUCCCUAAGUGCCAACGGUGUGCCAACAGAAGCUGUUGACUAUGACAGAUUGAAACAGGACAUCCUGGAUGAGAUGAGGAAGGAGUUGUCGAAGCUAAAAGAAGAGCUCAUUGAUGCAAUCCGGGAGGAGCUGGGCAAGUCCAGCACGGCAUAGAGGAUCCGGACUUGCCGUUCAGAACACCUACAUCCACGUGACCCGACAGACGAACCCGACGGUCAAUUUAAGACAUGACAAAAACGACAGCAGCAACACGACGGUGGAGACGGUGAUGAUGAUGAUGAUGAUGAUGAUGAUGGUGGUGAUGAUGAUGAUGAUGAUAAAGAUGAUGAUGAUGAUGACAAUAAUCACAUUAAUACUGAGAGAGGACUUUUUUGGGGGGGUGGGGGUGGGGGGAAGAAGCAAUGGACUAAACAACAAUGGACAGGGGUAGUGGUGAUGCAAGCCUCCAGUCCCCGCAGAUCCCCCACCCCCCCACCCCCACCUCCCCUCCCCCUCCCGCUGAGGGCGUCUCAUCAUGAAGGGGGGAGGAGGAGGGGGAGGGGGCAGUGCAUGGUCUGAAAGAGAAGCGAAAGUCUUUAUGCAAAGAUGAUUUCUGUCUCUUUGUCCAAUGAUAGCAAGAAAAAAAAAAAAAAACACACACACACAACACAAAAAUAAUCCUGAACUCUUGGAUGAAACUGUAUUAACCAUCGAUGAGCAGCGACGGUGACGCUAAGAAUCACAGCUGUUGGGGAUUUAUGAUCAGUAAAUUGGCGAGAAGGAAGAAGGUGGGGAUGGAAAAAUAAAAACGUUUUUUUUCCCAUAAUGCCAUAGGGGUAGCGUGCGUGCGUGCGUGCGUGCGUGUGUGUGUGUGUGUGCGUGCGCGUGUGUGUGCGUGAGUAUGUAUGGGGGACUGUCAGUCUCUGGUGAAGUCCACCACUGCAGGACACUGUAAAGCUCGUCUUCCUUAAAAAAAAGAAAAACAAACAAAAAAAAAACUAUUUUAACCCGAACAUGUACAAAAGAGAGAAAAAGUUAUUUAGAAAAAAAAACCACACACACAAAAACAAAAAAACGCGUAUCUAUCCACCACGUCUGUUUCAGUGUAGAUCUAUGGCCAUAUCAAGUAGCUCAAUAAUCCAGUCUUUUAAACAGGAAGCUCUCCUCUGUCUGUCGUCUCUUCAUCUGUGGAACCAUAACCAGACGUCGUCGUCGUCGUCGUUUCCCUUCCUGGAGUGUGGAGACAUUUUACCGUCAUGCUAGUUGACCAUGGCCAGACGUGUAGAUAGAACUGACUUCCUUUCUUGUACCUUUUUUUCCCCCAAUUUGAAGACUCUCUACUUCCCCUCCCGCCUUUCUUCGUCAGUCUCCGUCAUGUCCGUCACAUUUUGGUUACUCCGUUUUGGUGCACGUGCGGUCGUUUUCUUUACGAGGUGAAGGUCACAACAAGUCUGCCACGAAAAAAUUGUAUUGACUCUCACAAGUUUUAUUACAAGCAAUAAGUGUAGCAUCUAUUUUAAGGCCCACCUGCCCGAGUCCCAACGCCACCAAACAUAUUUCAGUGUGUGUGUGUGUGUGUGUGUGUGUGUGUGUGUGUGUGUGUGUGUGUGUGUGUGCGUCUUGUCCUUUUUGGCCCUCCUGAGCUCUCGUAGGGGCCGUUUUUUUUACUGUGUUUGACACUUUGCCACCUCUUGUCAACUGUGUUGCAGAUUUUCUGUGAAACUGAAGGCGAACAUGAAAGAAUAUCAGAACAACACUGUAACAAUCACAACACAACACUCUCCUUUCUUUUUUUUUUUUCCUAUGAAAUCCAAGGAGACUGUAUCUUUAGCCACAUUGGAGUUGAAUUUUUUUAUGGUUUAUUUUUAUUUUACAGCGUUUAUAAGAGUAAAACUUUUUUUUUUUUUUUUUUUAAGGUGCACAGGUCAACCCAAAUGUGUAAGAGAUGGUGUCCCAAUGAGGACAUGAAUGUGCCAUUCACUCUUUUCACCAGUGCUUACUGAUGACGUGUUUGUUUCAUCUUUUUCGUCUUUGCCUUUUUCUCCUGCCUCUGUCAAAUCCUUAAAAUGAGAAGCUGUAUUUUCCCUGAAACACACACACAUAGAAGGGAAGUGUAACUUUUAUUUUAAAACACUUUUUAUUUCAACAUUUCUUUCAGUUGAGCGCUGAGUUUUGUUGAGUACAAUCAACCUGAGAGGGAUAUGUUGGGAGCUGAGACUGGUGUCCAUAAACUGUAGCUGUUGUUCUGAGAUUGCGUUGUCAAGGGGAAACGUUCAUGUUGGUCUCAGUGCUGUUCUUUGUUUCCACAUGAGGUCCUGAGGCGGGACGGCCUCCUUAAUACAAUCAAACCUCAUGACUCUUCAACAGCCACUUUACGUUGGAGUCUGCAGGAAAAACAUGGGGCUUAAUAACGACCCUUUGACCCUCCAGAGGAUUCUGAGGUGAUAGGAUAUCCUAGAAAAAAAGUUUUAAUAAGUAACUUAGCAUUCUUGGUAUCUUGAUGGUUAAAAGCAUCAAACUGAGAACUUACAAGGCAAUACAGUGUAAGCACUAUGACUGUAGUUCAUCCUUAAUGUCACCACUCUGGCCCCUUUGCAACAGUAAGAGUAUUUGUACCUUAAAGGGGGCACUGCAGUGACUUCAGAUUUAGCUUCCAUAAGGUUUGGGAGGCUUGCAAUAGGCCGGUAUUUCAAAAAUAAUGGUCAAAAUGUCAACAUCGAAGGCCAGGAAUCUCUGAUGAUGCUUGGUCCUUCAGUUCCCAUUAUGCAACUUGAUAGCAUCUUUUCAUGAGAGUCUCUGACUUGCCUGGUCAUCAUCCACGUCUCUCAAGAUCCAUACCACCACUUUCUACUGGUUUCUGAUCAGAUUUUGGAGUUGCCAAGCCUGAACCAAGAUAACCUCUAUGACAUCAUUAUAAGGUCCUGUUCACACCUGGCUUUAACAUCUGAUCGGAUCUCACUUCCCCCGCUCUAUAUGCAAAUAAACACGUAUAUACGUUGUUGUUUUUAGCCAAUCAGAGAGAGAGAGAGAGAGAGAGAGCGGGGUAAGGAGCGGUUGAGCGGCUCGUUGCUCUGCACACAGCUCUACAAUAAACUAUGGUUUUACCCAUUUGAAAUAUAGUCAGUUUGUUAUGAAACUGUGUUGAGACUAGACUGUGGCAGAGGACGUCAGCUGAGCAGGCGUCCUUCAGUGAGGCCCAGGACAGAUUUGCGUUCACACUGUUAAAAGAAUGUGGCCUAGACCACCUCCAAAUGUGGUCUGAUGUCAAAUGGCGUCCUCAAUGCAUCUUGGGUGCGUUCACACCUGAACCUGUGAUUGGGUCACCUGAGACAGAUGUUGAUACCAGGUCUGAACAUAAUGAGGGUUAUUUUUCACAGAAAACAUUAUUCAGCUGGUCUCCAAGGGCUGAGUAGCACUUGACAUGUAGACUGAUUUUUGAUGUGUAAAAUCUGUAGAGUGCCCCUUUGAAUUACUGUUAGGAGAAGUGGCUAAUGCGUUAUCAUCAUGCAUAGCUUUUAAACCUGGUAUCCUACCAAAAACAAGGUUUUGUUAAUCAGGGGCUGUCAUACAACACAGCUGUUCAAGGGCUUGGAUGUUAUAGCUUUAUUACAAAAGGUUUUUUAAAAAUCAAACACUGAGAAAAUAAUUCCCCCCCUCAGUUUCUGUCAUUUGCUUGAGUUUGGGUCGAAUUUGUUAAAUAAAUACUGUGGUUAAAAAAAAAAAAAGACAUGGUCUACGUCAUGCUCUAACUCUCUGUUGAUAAAGUUGUGUCAUCUCCUCAUCCAACCUUUUUAAAUGGAAACACGCAAGCCAAGAAGGCUCCCUGUCCUGAGUGUUUACACAGCAUCGAUUGCACUUUAAGAUGAAAAACAAAAAAACAACAAAAAAAAAAUAACCCACAGAGCAAAACCAACAUCCUCUGACAACAGUUGCUUAAAAGCCUCUGUCGCCAAUAGUGGGGGCUAUCUCACCAAAGGAUUCAAGCCGGCAGUCUCCUGCUAAAACAUGAUCACUCUCAACGAAGUCGCCUUUUCUUAUUUUUGUAUCAUUGUUGUCAAAGAGAUCUAAAAAAAAACAACAACAAAAAAAACAAACAAAAAAAAAAAAAACAGAAAGAUGUCCAUCUCUAUAUUCAGUCCUCCGGACGCGAUGGCGGGUGAAAUGUUUGGAUGGAGAGAAGUUUUCCUUUGUGAAACUAUGUAGUCUGUGCCUUGUUCUGAAGUUGCAUUUAUAUGUCAAAGAUAUAAAGAUGACUAGUAAUAAUAUCUAGGGACUGUAAUUAUGAUCACAUGCAGUUGUUAUUUUGUUUGUCUUUCUGUUUUUUUUUUUUGUUUGUUUUUUUGUUAGUUUUUUUCAUCAUGGUCAUUUUAUUUUGAAGGGAGAGUUCAAUGACCUUGGUACUGUUGUUCCCCACCAGGAAAACACCUUUGCACCAAGAUCUUCUUUGUUUUUUUUGUUUUUUUUUUUACAUACACGUGGUUUCUUUCUAUACAGUUGCGAGGUUGCUUUUCUUACAGCUCAGAAGUACAAUCAAACCUUUUAAGAGAUGAGGCUUAUAAGGGUUCAAAGAUGAUCUUUGCGCUCAGAUGAUGAUUUUUCUAAACCUCCAAAAAAUCCCUGUUUGGAAGUCCAGAUGAGUCCCGGCUGCAGUGUUCUGUGUUCCCUCAUUGCCAUUUAAACGUCAAAGAGACCGCUUGCGUUUCAGCAGCUAAUCUUUCUUUCCACACUUGGAAAUCUCUCCGAAAAAAACAAAAACAAAAAAACUCUUCUUGUCUGCUCCAUGUUAAUGUCAGAUUGCUGAUGGAAACAUUUAUCUUUGUCCGUAAAACCCUGUUUUUCUGCUGAAGGAACUGAAAAAGAAUUUGUGAAUUUUUGCAGGAAUGAAUUGUGGCUGAAGCAAGUUUCAUUGGAUGGGUUUCCAGACGUGUUCUUUUAUCAUCUGCAUUGUACCAUACUGUUCUCACGUUAAUUAGUCUUUCUUACAUGCUAACAUAUUGUUUUGUUUGAGCAAAUUAAAUAAAAAUUGCAAUAUAAGACUAGAAGUUGUUUCUUUUUUAAAUGAUGACGACUGUUUUGACCUUUGAUUAGCUGCUAGUUAUCAAUUAGCUACUGGUCAUACCAGACCAAGGAAUGCUGUAGUAAGAAAAACGUGUGUUGAAUUAAGCAAAGGUUGUGUUUUAUUUGUUUUGAAUUAAACCUUUUUUUGCCAGAGGAA